AAUUCCCACAACCAUAUCUCCAGAUAUUUCAUCCGUCGAGUCCGUUUUUAUAUAUAGUAAAUGCGUUCGUCAUGGCAUCAAUCUCUAAUCCUUUCAUCUUCCUCAAAAACUAUUAAUUUAGGCACGUGAAAGAUUAAAAACCAACAAAACAGAACUCGAAUUGACUUGCAGUUGAAAGUAAAAAAAAAAAGAAACAAAAUUUGAAUUGCGUAGGUGGAUUUGUAUAAAUAUAGCAGAGAUUCCAAUUCAUCUCCACUCAGCACAGCUGACUCUUCUUACAACUUUCUGACUCUUCCAAGAAUAGCAUUUUAUCUCUCUCAGGAUAACAAACAAAACAAAACAAAACAAAAGUUUCUCAUAAAACCUCUCUGUUUUCUUGUUUCCUCAGAGAGAUGCAAUAUUUUUCUUUGUAUUAUUUUUUAUGCUUCUGGGAAUUUUUUUUAAUGGAACUUUAACUUGAUGCCAAGGCUUCCUCUCUUAUUGGAGGGCAACACAGAGAAAGAAGAAGGUAAAUAAAAAACCACUGGAGCUAUGGCUGUUGAAGAGACAGAGAAGAAGAAAGAAAGCAAAGAGGAACAAGAGAUAGAGCUUCACAGGAACGACUUAGGCCUCGAACAUUCAUCAUCAUCAGGUGUACUUGGCAUCACAAUUAUGAUGGAUCCAGACAUAGACAAUAGCAGCACUUAUUACAGUACUUGCAGCUCUUGCUCCCCUGACGAUGAAUCAUCAUCAUUAUCCUCUCCAUUUUCGAAUACUCCUAAUAAAAUCGUUUCGUCUUCCUAUCAUGGUGGUCUUCAAUGGAACAAAAUGAUCGAAUCCAUCAAGAAGAAGUCCAUACGAAGAUUCACUGUCAUUCCUCUCCUAGCAAGUUACGAAUUAACGCGUAAAAACUUGCGUCGCAAGCAACCUAAGCUCCCUUUCCCUCCCUCUGAGAAUGGCUUCCCCUGUGAACGUUUCUUUAUGCCUAAACCCUCUUGGCGAAACUUCACCUACGAAGAGCUCGUUGCAGCCACCGAUGAUUUCAAUCCUGAGAAUAUGAUUGGGAAGGGAGGACAUGCUGAGGUAUACAAAGGGGUCUUGCCUGAUGGUGAGACGGUGGCGAUCAAGAAACUUAUGAGUCACGCCAAGGAGGAAGAAGACAGAGUGAGUGAUUUCCUUUCAGAGCUAGGUAUAAUCGCACAUGUAAACCACCCAAACGCAGCGCGGCUUCGAGGUUUCAGCAGUGAUCGUGGUUUGCAUUUUGUGCUUGAGUACGCUCCCCAUGGCAGCCUCUCUACAAAGCUCUUUGGAUCAGAGGAGUGUCUGGAGUGGAAGAUAAGGUAUAAAGUGGCUCUAGGUAUAGCUGAUGGUCUAAGUUAUCUUCACAAUGUUUGCCCUAGACGGAUCAUUCACCGUGACAUCAAAGCUUCUAACAUAUUACUCAGCCGAGAUUUUGAUGCUCAGAUUUCAGAUUUUGGACUAGCAAAAUGGUUACCAGAGAACUGGGCUCAUCAUGUUGUAUUCCCCAUCGAAGGAACAUUCGGGUAUAUGGCUCCAGAAUACUUCAUACACGGCAUUGUUGAUGAGAAGAUUGAUGUGUUUGCCUUUGGUGUGUUGCUUCUAGAGAUCAUAACCAGUCGUAGGGCUGUUGAUACAGCCAGCAGACAAAGCAUCGUUGCAUGGGCAAAACCUUUUCUGGAGAAGAACAGCGUUGAGGACAUUGUGGAUCCUCGGCUAGGAAAUGAGUUUGAUCCAACAGAGAUGAAACGAGUGAUGCUAACAGCUUCAAUGUGUAUACAUCAUAUAGCCACAAUGCGACCUGACAUGACCCGGGUAGUGCAGCUGUUGCGUGGAGAAGACGGCCCAGCUGAGCUAGAGCUACAGCAGAAGCCAGGUCAAGGAGGGGCGGUGAUUGUGAACGCUUGCGAUCUACAGGAUCACACCUCCUCCUCAUACCUCAACGAACUCAUCCGACACAGGCAACUCCUCAUGGAGUGAGUUAGAAACAAUCAAAUCAAAUCAAACUUAACCUCUAAUAACAAACGUGUUUAUGCUUCCACUUUAGUCCCUUAUUCUCUUUCCCUUUUUUUUUUUGCUCAACUGAGUUUUGCUUUUUAUUAUUCUCCAUUGGUUGCUUCUUUAUUUCGCGCAACCAACCAAAACUGUGAAUAUCAUCAACAUGUGUCUCUCUAUGUUGUUCUACUUAACUUUGUUUAGUCUCAACCCCCAAGGAGUUGUUGAUUCCAUUGCUAGUCUCUUAUCAGUCUACAGAAAGAGAACGAGCCACACAUAGAGUUUACGUUUGAUACAAUAAUAACCCCAAAAGUUUUCGAUUCUUCCACUUUUAACCCAUCUACUCCGGCCUAAACAACAAUUAAUGAAAGAAACAAAUAAAAAAAACAGAGAUGCAAGUGAGAUUUUCCAUAUCCUUCUAAUCAGCUUUAUGAGUUAGCCAGAAUCAAGAAGUUGAACAUUAGCGCAGUGAGAAAGAAGCUAUUAUCCCUUAAAAGACGAUUUAAAAGAAGAAAAAAAAAACGGACUUCAUCAAAUCACAUGACAUGAUUGAUUCUAGUAAGACUGGUUAGG